AUGUCUUGGACCGUCCGCAGCGAAGACAGUCCUGAGCCGAACAAGACGACCUUAUUGCCUUUCGCCGCCCUGCCCAAGGCCUUGCCAGGGUCGACUUUGCGCAUCGGGCACUUGACCCUCUGUCGCUUGCGCUUGUUAUCUGUAAAGGAUCUCGUCAACUGCGUUGCUCAUCUUGGCAUGAUGGAGCUCUCUGUUGAGGAAGUUACAUUCGUGGACGGUGCCGUCACCCACCUCGUCCGCCGGCGAUCCCGUCGCCAUUCGCGGCUGCAGAUCAUCCACAUCAUCCGGUGCUUUGAGAACGGAGACUUGGGCCGCCAAUGCUCCCUGGCAAAUCUUCUCUUCGCCAGUCAAGGCCGUAUGCACGUCGACGACGCGACUCUCGCAUUGGCCGAGAAGACCUUGGCCGCACUGUCGUCUGGGGGCCCGCCCUACCGUGCGGACCUGCGCUACAAUGUUUUUGACAGCACUGAGCCAUGUGAGUUGCAGCUCUCUUCACGGCCGAAGCCCUUGGAGCUCAUGAUCUCAGUCCACUCAUAUGGCUACAGUGUCUCGGCUGACGGCGCCCCGACCGCGCACGUACGAGCGCUGUUACCUGCCAGAACCCCAAGUCGCCAGAAAAUCGAAUACAUGCAGCUCGUCAUCCCGGAAACAUCACCGGCUCCGUCAAAACUCGCGCUUCAAUGGGGUGGCAUCGAGCAGGCGAUCCUGGACCUGCAUCCGCCGCGCGCCGUCCCGCCCCUGCGCAUCACGUGCCCCAGCAGGGCGCAGGCGACAGACGUGCUGGCGCACCUCUUCCUCCGGGACGCGAUCCUGCCACGUCUCUGCGCCCUCGAUAGGGUCAACGUCGAGAUCCGCGACGGCCGGCUCCCGCUCUGGCUGGACGUCUCGGGCGCGGAGAUUCUCUCUGCGCCGAUGCGCCUCGCGCUCGGCGGCUUGGACGUGGUCCUGAGUGAUGCCCAGCGUGCGGAGUGGUUGGUGUGUCCUACAGAUGACGAGAAAACGGGCGUAUCUGCGGAUGCUGCUGCGCGUCCCUGGCGCGGAUGGGCAGAGCGUCGUCGCGCAGGGUUUGAAUGGGAGGAUCGUGGAUGAAGGAAGUGGUGUUUGCGCGGCCGAUGGAAAGAGACCUGUAGACAGCGGGAAGGGAAAGAGAAAAACUGUCAGAACAGAUAUGUUAUUGUAGCAUAUUGCGUAUUGCGCUGCGUUAAUCAUGCUCGUCCAUUGUCGAUUCCCGGAUAAAGCGAUCUCUACUGUACCUACGCUUCU